AUGGACAAGGCUAUCAUGAGCAAUAAUCAGGCAGGCAAAGUCUUGAAGAAAGGAAAAAAGAAACAGGCCAAGGAUGAACUGGAUCGCCAGAAGCAGGCUGAGAAGAAGCGCCGCCGCCUGGAGAAAGCGCUGGCAAACUCGGCUGCCAUCAUCUCAGAGCUGGAAAAGAAGAAGCAGAAGAAGAAGGAAGAACAGCAAAGGCUGGAUGAGGAAGGUGCUGCCAUAGCUGAAGCAGUUGCUCUUCAUGUUCUCAUAGGUGAGGACUCCGAUGAACCCUGCCAUUUGAUGCUCAACAAGCACAUCAGGUGCAACCAUUGGGAUGCCUCGGCUGCUUUUGAAUUCACCGUGGAUGCACAACCCACUGAUAUCUACCCCUCUGAUGAUGGACUGAUAUGCGCCAGCCAUGCGUAUGCUCCCAGAUCCAAAGGGAGGUGGGCUGAUUGGGGGAUUGGCCAGCCAUUGCCAUCUUGGGGAGAAGUGAGUGACCUCCAAGGCCCAUACUAUCAAGGAACAUUCCAUCAGUCUGUUACCUGCCCUGGUUUCAUAGCCGCCCAAGCUGUGUCAUCGUUGCAGAUCAGAGAAGAAUCGUCAGAAAUCACCUCUCCAAGCCAAGGGGCGGCGGCUGCAACCGUGGUUAACAGGAUGCUUGGUGGCACCAACAGGCUCAACCUUUACAGAGAGAUAUAA